AUGAAAAGGGCUUUUGUUGUACAAGAUGUCGUUUUUGCUAAUAAAGCUGAGGAAAAUUUAAGAUUUAUUAAUAAUUUUAUAAGAAAUAUAUACAAUAACAUAACCGAACCCAAGCUUCAAUUUGAGGAUCCUUUAUUAUGGCCUAAAAGUUAUUCGGGAAAUUUUCCAAGUUAUGAUUACAUAGUAAUAGGAGCUGGAACGGCAGGUUCCAUUGUAGCCAGUCGUUUAAGUGAACAUCGGCUGGCAAAAGUCUUAGUUAUAGAGGCUGGCGGUGAUCCUCCUUUAUUGUCUGAAAUCCCUUCACUUUCUCUUCUACUGACUAAUACUUCUUAUACCUGGAACGAUUAUUCGGAACAGAAUCCUUCUUGCUGUCGAGGCAUGCAAAACGAUCGCUGUUAUUGGCCCCGGGGUAAAAUGAUUGGUGGUACGGGUGGCAUUAACGGCAAUGUCUUUCUUGAGGGUAGACCCGAAGAUUUUGAUGAAUGGCAGCAACAGGGUAAUAAAGCCUGGUCCUGGAAUGAGGUCCAAAAAUACUUUCAAAAAGCCAAAACAAAUCAAAGCCUACAAAACUUCCCUAAGGGUUCAUUAGUUUUAAAUAAUUUUCAGCGUUUAGAAGAUUUUAGAUUGAUAGAAAAUCUCUUGGCAGAAACUAUUGGAAAACCCAAUAAUGGAGUAAAUACCGGCAUUUUAAACAAUCUAGAAGCCACUAUUCUCCUAGGCAGACGUAUGAGUACGGGAAAAACGUAUUUGGCCAGAGUAGCUAAAGAUCGCAAACAUCAUUUACAUAUUUUGAAGAACAGUGAGGUCAUUAAAAUCCAUUUUAAAGGAAAUAAGGCUACAGGGGUGGAAUUUAUGUUUCAAAAUCGUACACGCCAUUAUGUCAAGGCUAAAAGAGAAAUUAUUGUAAGUGCAGGGGCCAUAAAUACUCCCAAACUUUUAAUGCUAUCGGGCAUAGGACCCUCGGAGCACUUAAAGAAGUUAAAUAUUUCUAUAAUCAAAGAUUUACCGGUAGGUGAGAAUUUACAAGAUCAUGGCAUGAUGCCCUUGAUUUUAAAAUUCACUAAAAAUAUACCCCAAAUAAAUAAUCAAACAUUGAGGGACUCUAUUAAAGAAUUUUUCUUAAAACAAUCUGGUCCUUUGGCCAGCAGCCCCAAUUUAGUGAGUUUUAUAAAUACAUUGGAUUUACAAAGUACAAAUAAACCCGAUGUUAUGUUGGUAUCGGAAAUAACCAGAUUUUCUCAGACCUCAAAUCUAUUUGAAUUUUUACAAUUUAAAGAAAAAAUUUCCCAGCAAUUUCUAAAGAAAGCCGAUAAACAUUUGGUUUUACAAAUAUUUGGUCUUUUAGUCAAACCCAAAUCAAGGGGUAAUAUUAAAUUAAAAUCCAACAAUGCUUUUGAAGGACCUUCCAUUAAAAAUAAUUAUGGUUUUCACUUAGAAGAUCGUAUGACUUUAGUACGUUUUGUGCGAUUUAUACAAUUUCUCCUAGAAACUCCACAAUUCCGGUACUAUGGCUUGGAAUUAAUAACAAUUUCUUUAGAGGAAUGUGAUAUUCUAGAAGCAUAUUCUCAAGAAUAUUGGUUGUGUUAUAUUAAAUACUUUUAUAUAAGUGCCUGGCAUGGAGCUGGAAGUUGUCGUAUGGGUCCUGCUAGUGAUUCUUCAACGGUAGUAGAUGAUUUAUUAAAGGUUCAUGGGGUACAGGGCUUGAGAGUGAUUGAUGCCAGUAUUAUGCCUAAUAUAACAAGUGCCAAUACCAAUGGCCCCACUAUUAUGAUUGCUGAGAAGGGGGCUCAAUUGGUUUUAGAUGAUUGGAUAAAGUGA